AACCUCUUGAAAACCGCAGUGCAAAAUGAGGAAGUAAGGGACUGUUCUAAACUGAGUGCAAAGAACUAGUCUUUCUUUUUGUUUCUUGCCUACUUUUCUCAUCGUGCUGUUCUAAUGGCAGCAGUAUAAAAUUAGGUGGAUUGAUUGAAUCCUGACACAUGAAGUUUUUAUUUUUUCAGACUAGAAAGCCUUUUCUUUGGUACUAAUUUUGAGCUUAUUUGGAAUACCACUUUUGGCUUUUUCCAACCGGAAAUAAAUCAAUUCAAACUUCUUGGUGUCCUCAUCUGCAAAAGAGCAAAAAAUAAUACAAUGGAACCAGACUUUCUCACUGCUUUUGCACAGCCCAGUGCACUUCAUCAUUCGCCACCUAAGAAUGACAUUGUUCAAGGAGAAAAGAGGAAAUUAAUAAAUCCUACAUCCUGCAAUAAUGCUAAGUUGGAAGAACUACAAAUGCUCUUGAUGGAUUGGAUUAACACAACCCUGAAAGAGGAACACAUCAUAGUAAAAAGCCUGGAAGAAGACCUGUUUGAUGGGCUGAUACUUCAUCAUCUCUUGGAAAAACUAGGAUCUCUCAGGCUGGAUGUUGAGAAGAUGGCACUGACGGAAAAAAAACAGAAACAUAAACUUGCUGUUAUUCUGGAAGCUGUGGGCCAGUGUUUACAACUAGAAGAGAGCCAGCUGAAAUGGAGUGUUGAUUCUAUCUUCCAGAAGGACUUACUGAGCACAUUAUAUCUUCUGAUUGCAAUAGCAAAGCACUUCCAACCUGAUCUGCCUAUCCCUUCAAAUAUUAGUGUGGAAGUAAUAAUCAUUGAGCGUACCUUAACAGGAUUGAGGACAGAAAAUGCAGUGGAAUAUAUCACGGAGAAUAGAGAGAAUUUAGAAGGCCAGUCAAAAGCUGAUGCCUUUGAUGAAUUAUUCGCACUUGCACCGGACAAACUGGAUGCUGUGAAAAAGGUGCUUUUGCAAUUUGUCAACAAGCAUGUUGGAAAAUUAGGAUUAAACGUGAAAGAUGCUGACUCUCAGUUUGCAGAUGGAGUUAUCUUGCUUUUGUUAAUUGGACAACUUGGGGGGUAUUUCCUGAAUUUAAGGGAGUUCUUCCUGAACCCAGACUGUGCUACGGAAAUGCUUCACAAUGUUAACCUUGCAGUGGCUUUGCUGACAGAUGGAGGUCUUCUAGAUUUUCCUGUCAAUGCUGAAGAUAUUGUGAACAGAGAUAUGAAGACUACAUUGCAUGUUUUGUACUGCUUGUAUUCCAAAUACAAGACCAAAGAAACAUGAAGAGUGAAACCAAGAGCUAGAUUUUCUUGCUAGUAUAUGCUGGGUUUAAUUUUCAGUCCCUAGCUAUGUGUUUGCCACUUUGCACAUGCGCACACCCUGUAUGACACUUGUUGCAUUAAUAUGCUUUGAAAAGUGUGUAUGCUUGCAAAGUUGCAGUUAUAUAACUUGUGCUAUCUAUAAUAUAAAUGUGUGUGCACGUGCGUAUUCAGGGGCCAGUGUUUUCUGCUGUUCCUUGGCUGUGAAUUUUGCCACAGAAACAGAAUCCACCCCUUGCUUCGUCUAAGGCCCCAAAAUGCUGUGAAGACUUGUCAAUGUGCUACCCCAGCCCCUGGCUGCAACACCUCACCCUUUUAUCAGUGAGGGAGCUGGAAGUCAUUUUUAGAACUUCGCACCUGUACUUGCACUGAGGUUGCUGCAGCACCAUGAUGGAGUUGAAGUCCAUGGAUAGAUUCCAAGGGGGCUUGAAGUCCAUAGUCUAAUAACUCCUGUACUACAUUUUCAGGCAGGAUGAUGAGAUUAAUAAUUUUAAAAAAUGGCUAGCGGUAUGAAACUUGACAAGGCAUGAAAUGUUUGAAAAAACCUGCUUGCCUCUUAAAAUACGUUUACACUGGAGAGACUAUGCAGGCCAUCCACUGUACAGUAUUGUGGAUUUCCCCGGUCCUCCAUACCUCCUAAAAAACCAUGAAAGAGCCCCCUUAUUUGCCCUUUAAUCUAACACAACAUUGUGGCCUGCUCCAGCCCUCUUCUCCCUGCAACUCUUGUGCACCUACUUAUGGCCAGCCUGAAUACUAGUCUCUGCACUAUCUAAGUGCAAGGGGAGAGGCUAACAUGACUCCACCUUCCCCCUUACAAGGGUGCAUGGGAGGGUGGGUGGGGUGUGGCUCAUUCUAUCCCAGUAACACUCAGAGUCCAGCACUGACGGGAGUUUAUACUGAAACCUUUUUGUAGCUGCCACUUCUGAGUUUGCUCUUGUGGGGCACACAACCUGUAUUGGGACUAUACGGGAUACCUAUUCUGUACAAUACCUCCAGCAGCUGCCACUAAGGUAUGCACCCCCGCAAUCCCCACCCUAAUGUAGUUGUGGCUGCAAAAGCCACAUUCCUCUCCUUUAACUGCCACCCUGGUGUUUAAGUCCUAGGCCCUUUGAGGCUUUCUUCAGCUUCAUUUGACCUUAAAGUUAUUUUAAAUUUGCAUUUCAUGUAUAUUUGGCUUUGAAAAAUUAUAAUUAUGCAAAGCUACUAAAGGAGAGAGUUCCGCAAACCGCUAUGAACAUCAUAAUCCCAUUUGCAUUGAUGCUAAUUAUCAAGAUACAUUUUACAAAGGAAAAUCCAAUGUCUGGCGCCAACAAGUUAUCAAAAAAGAGCACCCUGCUUCAAUAGCAAAAGUUAAUUAAAUCAGCUAUUCCAAAAGAUUCAUAUCUGACGUACAUUCUUAGGGUUAUCUCAUGUAUGAAUCUCUGUAGAUAUCUUGUUUUGUUCUCCUGAUGGGCUCCAAACAUCUAAUGAAGGGGAAGAUCUUAAAAGUUUGUGUUCUUUAUUCACUGAUACGUUUACCGGAACAUUACAUGAAGAUUAGAACACAGCUAGAUUACUGAGGAUACAGAAAUAGAAUGUCCAUCACAGAGGGAUUUAAUGACUCUGGGGACUGGUACUAUGGUAUAGGCACAGCCUUUUGCCAUUAGGUAAUUGGUUAGAAUCCAGCCCAUGUUGCUAGUGACUGGAAGUCAUUACUAGAUGAUGUAUUUUUAGUGGCCUAUGGUCACAUAAACACCACCCAAUACCGGAAACCUACUGACCACUAUACUUGCCUACAUGCCUCCAGCUUGGUUGUCUACAGCCAAGCCCUAAGAUACAACAGAAUUUGCUCCAAUCCCUCAGACAGAGACAAACACCUACAAGAUCUUUAUCAAGCAUUCUUAAAACUACAAUACCCACCUGGGGAAGUGAGGAAACAGAUUGACCGAGUGAGACAGGUACCCAGAAGUCACCUACUGCAGGACAGGCCCAACAAGAAAAAUAACAGAACACCACUGGCCAUCACAUACAGCCCCCAGCUAAAACCUCUCCAGCACAUCAUCAACGAUCUACAACCUAUCCUGGAAAACAAUCCCUCACUCUCAUAGAACUUGGGAGGCAGGCCAGUCCUCGCUUACAGACAGCCCCCCAACCUGAAGCAAAUACUCACCAGCAACCACACAACAGAACCACUAACCCAGGAACCUACCCUUGCAACAAAGCCCGUUGCCAACUGUGUCCACAUAUCUAUUCAGGGGACACCAUCACAGGGCCUAAUCACAUCAGCCACACUAUCAGAGGCUCGUUCACCUGCACAUCUACCAAUGUGAUAUAUGCCAUCAUGUGCCAGCAAUGCCCCUCUGCCAUGUACAUUGGCCAAACCAGACGGUUUCUACGUAAAAGAAUAAAUGGACACAAAUCAGACCUCAUGAAUGGUAACAUACAGAAGCUAGUAGGAGAACACUUCAAUCUCCCCGGUCACUCAAUAACAGAUUUAAAAGUAGCCAUACUUGAACAAAAAAACUUCAGAAACAGACUUCAAAGAGAAACUGCAGAACUAAAAUUCAGUUGCAAAUUUAACACCAUUAAUUUUGGCUUGAAUGGGGACUGGGAGUGGCUGGCUCACUACAAAAGCAACUUUCCCUCUCUUGGAAUUGACACCUCAUGAUCAAUUAUUGGGAGUGGACUACAUCCACCCUGAUUGAACUGGCCCUGUCAACACUGGUUCUCCACUUGUGAGGUAACUCCCUUCUCUUCAUGUGUCAGUAUAAUAAUGCCUACAUCUGUAAUUUUCACUCCAUGCAUCUGAAGAAGUGGGUUUUCUACCCACGAAAGCUUAUGCUUAAAUAAAUCUGUUUGUCUUUAAGGUGCCACCGGACUCCUUGUUGUCUAUGUUAAAUGAGUUGGUGAUCUCAGUCCAAUUCCUAGCUAGGCAGUAGUCCAUAUCACACAAAUAACCCUUUCCUACUUUUUACAGACCCUUUCCUACUUUUAACAUCCCUAUUUUACAGACGGAGAAAAUGAAGCACAGAAAGGUUAGCAAGUUAGUGCAGAGCCAAGAAUAUGAUCCAUAAGUGCUGGCUCACAAUCCCUUUCUCCAGAAAGCACACCUUCAAACUUUCCCUUUUCCUUUCUCCAAAACAUGUCUGUCCAUUAACCAUGCCCCCUCCAUCACCAGAUCAAGAGUGCAAUUCCCACAGCUGAUCACAUAAAAGCUCUUCAAAUGUGUUACUCUGAAAUGAAUGAAGAAUGCUUGAAAAUUGGAGAUGGUCCUGAUUUUGGAACAUUUUGUGCUCUUUUCGUAAAGGGGAAGUUCCAAUAAAUAAUGUAAUGGAACGGAAGGUAGGGCUGUGGGAAGGCAUAUAUUUAGAUUUCAUCUCAUAGCAUUUAAAAUCUUGUGGUUAGAUCCUCAGCUAGUGUAAAUAAAUACAGCUCUUUUGAGGACAAUGGAUCGAUUUAUGCCAGAUACCUAUCUAGCUCCUGAAUAGGUGGAUGGACUAUGCUCUCCUUUCCACCUCAAGUUCUCGUAAGCCCUUUUGUAAUGAGUAAUCUUUUAUUUUUAUUUUUGAUGUAUGUUUUCAAAAGGAUGACAACUAAUGUAGUUGAAUCAGUAACUUUAAAAUAGAGACUGAAAAAUGAAUAUUUUAAUGUGUCUUUCACACUUUAAGCCAAUUCAUAAUGUGCGUGAUGUCUUGAAUAAGCAUAUGUCUGAUUAUAAAAAGCCUAUGUCUGAUUCGUAAAGCAUACUUUAGAAUUUUAGUAAUCCAUUAGACAGCCACCCACUCCAUAAUUUCCAAUAGAAAUAUGUACAAGUGCACUACUUAUGUAUGGGACACAGUCAUAGAUUUGUCAUAGAUUGAUUAGUAAAUACAGAAUGACCGUGCUAAAGCACAUAUUCCAUCAGCAUGGAACUGGGGAAAAGAGAGUUAUUUAUUAUUAUUCUAAGAUGUUAUUUGUGCCUGGCACAACCAGUGACAGACUUGCUCUCUUUUUUCUCUUAUGAUUAUCAGUCAAUAAAAGAAAAAUAAGCCUGUUUGUUCUGUAUUUACUGGCAAAUCUAUCAUGACAUUUUAAGUAUACCAUGACAUGUCCAUAUUGGGGCAUUAAUUUGCCUUGCCAUAUAAUUAAAUAUACAAAUGUAACUCUCCUGUAAUUUUUAAAUCCUAGAAAUUAAGUAUUCCCUGAGGGGAGAAUUGGAUGUGCUACUAGAAUUCUAAUCUAUUCUGUUUUCAUUACACCAUAUAAGUAGGCAUAUAAAUUGAAUUAUGAUGGAUUGAAGACUGGCAAGUACUUCUAAGGAGCCAAUGGCUCUGAGUGUAUCAAAUAAUUUUAGAAGACA